AUGGAGAUUGUUCGAGCUUUAGAACUAUAUAGUGGGAUAGGAGGUUUUCACUAUAGUGUUUUGCAAACCCUAAUAAAUUAUAUUCAUUCUUCAUAUUCAGAUAUAAGAAACACAAGCAAUGGUAUUAUAUCAAAUAGCAGUGGAGCCAUCUUUCCUCUGGAUAUCUCAAAAAAAAUAAAAAAUGUUGUUCGCUUUAUUUCAAUAGAUCUAAACCCCAUUGCAAAUGAAACAUAUUACCAUAAUUUUAAAGAAAAUACAAUUUAUUUAACCAACAAAAAAGACAUAAAUAAAUUUUUUAAAAAUGUAUAUAACUCUUUAAACAAUCAGACUUCUUCAAAUAUACUAAAAUCAGAAACAAAAAAAUAUAAAGAAAAAAAAAACAGUCAAAAUAAAAACACUAAUCAUAGUAAUAACCAUAUCGAAAACAAUAUUAAAAAUAACGAUAACUGUAACAAUAAAUUUGGAGAUUCUAAUUUUAUAUCUGAUUUGAACGAUAAGGAUUAUAUUCUCCAAACUGAUAUAAAUAACUUAACUCCUGAAUUUUUUGAUCAUUUUAAGUUUUACAUUUUAUUAAUAUCAAAUCCUUGUCAACCAUAUACAAGGUUAAACAAAAAUUUUAAAGAAAUAAAUUUAAAUCAAUUAUAUAAUGAAAAUAAUUAUAUAAAUAAAGAAUUUCCAAAGGAAAACCCCAAUGAUGGGUUCCUUUUUAAUCAAAAUGAAUUUCUUAAUAAUGAUUCGGAGGAAAAUUCACAAAAAUGCCCUUAUGAUAAUUUAAAUGAAUGUCAUCAUUUUAAUAACAAACCAAUCAAUAAACACAAUGACAAUAUAAGUAACAUCCAUGAUUACAAUAGUAUUUGGAAUAAUGAAAAGGACCAAUUUGAAAGGUGCAAUAUUAAUAAACAAUCCGAUAUAAAAACAGAAAAAAAUAGUGAAGGCGAAGAAAUCGAUCAAAAUUAUAUUCUAAAUAAUUUGAAGAUUGAUGAUAAAAUAAACCCUUUCGAUAUUGAAAAAGACAAGAGAGUAUAUAGUUUUUUUCAUGUAUGUAAUUUGCUAAAAAAUAUGAAUGUUAAUAAUUUACCUAAAUAUAUAUUUAUUGAAAAUGUUAAAAAUUUUGAAUCGUCAUUUUCUUUUUUAUAUUUUAUAAAUUCUAUUAAAAACAAUUAUAAUUUUCAAACAUAUCUUCUAUCUCCGUUGCAAUUUGGAAUACCAAAUGAGCGCCUUCGUUUUUAUUGUAUAUGCAAAAGAAAAAGUAACGACAAUGAUAAUAGCGAUUUCGAAAGUAAAAAAAAUGAACAAAAUAGCUUCCUAUCAUAUACAAAUUCACUAAAACCUCGGAAUUUUUUAUCAUUAAAAAAAAAAAACGAAAAUACCUUUCCCAGGUUUUACACACCAACUUUAGCUACUUUUCUUGAUCAUAAUAAAAAAUAUUUUGUAGCAUCCCCAAAAUUAAAUAAGGUAAAUAUUUUGAAUGAAAAAUUGCAAGAAUUUGAAGUUACUAAGAGCAUACUUCAAAAACAAUCAGCUUAUUGUUUUGAUAUUAUUGAUGUAAAUAAAAACGAAAAUAUUUGUUGUUUUGAAGCAAAUAAUUAUUAUAAUGAAAAAAAUAACUAUAUAAAUAAUUCUUGUAAUAAAAAUAACAAUUUAAAGGUGGUAAAUAAUUUCAAGCAAUUACAUGCUACCUGUUUUACAUCCAAUUACGCACGAUUCAUAAACGGUUCGGGCUCGAUCUUAUAUUUCAAUAAUAAAGAUGAGCAAAAUAAUAGCGAGCAAAAUACACCAACACCCUUACAGAAUUAUUAUGACCAGUUAAGAAAAAUUGACAUUCCAACUAGCCAAAAUACCAACCUUGCUGUUCAUAAUAAAAAUAAUUAUGAUAUCAAAGAAAAUGAAAUAAAAAAAUAUGAAAAUCAUGUUAGGUAUUUUACACCAACAGAAAUAUGUAGAUUGAUGGGUUAUAAAAUGCAUACAAAUAAAUUAAUUGAUUUUAAUCAAAUUGAUAAAAAUAUUUAUGGGAACAUAUACUGGAAUAUUGAUCAUAUUAAUCAUGUGUGUGCAUAUACAGACAAUAUCCAUUAUUGUGAUAUAAUGGGUACUAAUACAUGCAUAUUAAAUUCAAAUAACAAUAUUGCCCCUAUAAAUAAUAGGAGGGAUAGUAAACAAAAUUAUAUUCAAAAUAAUUCAUGUUUGUGUCAUGAAUUUCAAUUUCAUGAAUUUUUAACAAAUAAGCAAAAGUAUAAAUUAAUAGGAAAUUCUGUCAAUGUCACCGUUAUAUCCCUAAUUUUUCAAACCUACAAUGUUUUUAAAGACAUUUUGAAUAUUUAA